UUUUCCAGGCCGCUCUCCGUCAUCGGCGCCCCAAGUUUUUCGCCUUCGGAGCCUCCGCCCUGAAGAAGCAGGUCAGAGAAACAUGGCUACAAGGCGAAUUGCACAGGAGACUUUUGAUGCCGUGCUACAAGAAAAAGCUAACAGAUAUCACAUGGACCCCAGUGGUGAAGCUGUAGGUGAAGCUCUCCAAUUUAAAGCUCAAGAUCUUAUAAGGACACUGCCAAGAGUCAGAGCAGAUAUGUAUGAUGACAUUCACAGUGACAGCAGAUACACUCUGGGCGGAUCUGUGGCUCACUCUCGAGAUGCUGGGAGAGAAGGCCUGAGAGGUGAUGUAUUUCCAGGACCUUCCUUCAGGUCAAACAACCCUUCUGUAAAUGAAGACAACUACUUUCGCAAAGAAUGUGGCCGGGAUCUGGAAUUUCCCCACCCUGAUUCCCGAGAUCAGGUCUUUGGCCACCGGAAAUUGGGACAUUUCCGUUCUCCAGACUGGAAAUUUACACUCCGUAGCUCUUGGGAACAAGACCUUGGCCACCCAGUUUCUCAAGAAUCGUCUUGGUCACAGGAGUAUAAUUUUGGUCCUUCUGCACUACUGGGAGACUUUGGGUCCUCCAGGCUGAUUGAGAAAGAGUAUUUGGAGAAAGAGAGUCGGGAUUAUGACGUGGACCGUCCCGGGGAAGCAGACUCUGUGCUCAGGGCCAGUGGCCAGGUCCAGGGCAGAGGCCGAGGUCUGAACAUCGUUGAUCAGGAGGGUGCCCUCCUAGGAAAGGGGGAGUCUCAGGGCCUGCUUGCACCUAAAGGGGGGGUUGGGAAACUUGUCACACUGAGGAACGUGAGCACAAAAAAAGUACCCACUAUAAACCAUAUUACUCCCAAAACUCAGGGCACUAACCAAAUCCAGAAAACCACCCCAAGUUCUGAUGUGACCCUAGGUGCAAACCCAGGGACAGAAGAUAUCCAAUUCCCCCCUCCGAAGAUCCCUCUGGGGCUCAAUCUAAAGGACAUUCGUCUCCCAAGAAGAAAGAUGAGUUUUGACCUCAUAGAUAAGUCUGAUGUUUUUUCAAGAUUUGGGAUAGAAAUAAUCAAAUGGGCAGGAUUUCACACCAUAAAAGAUGAUGUUAAAUUUUCCCAGCUUUUCCAGACUCUCUUUGAACUUGAAACUGAAACCUGUGCUAAAAUGCUUGCCUCAUUUAAAUGCUCCUUAAAACCAGAGCACAGAGAUUUUUGCUUUUUUACUAUCAAAUUUUUAAAGCACUCUGCUUUGAAAACACCCAGAGUUGAUAAUGAGUUUUUAAACAUGCUUUUAGACAAAGGUGCUGUGAAGACCAAAAAUUGCUUUUUUGAAAUCAUAAAGCCCUUUGACAAGUACAUAAUGAGGCUUCAAGACCGGCUUCUAAAGAGUGUCACGCCCCUGCUCAUGGCCUGUAAUGCCUACGAGCUGAGUGUCAAAAUGAAGACCCUUAGUAAUCCCCUGGACUUGGCCGUUGCCCUAGAGACCACCAAUUCUCUCUGCCGGAAGUCUCUAGCCCUUCUGGGACAGACGUUCUCCUUGGCCUCUUCUUUCCGGCAAGAGAAAAUCUUAGAGGCUGUCGGCCUCCAAGAUAUAGCUCCCUCUCCUGCCGCAUUUCCCAACUUUGAAGACUCCACUCUGUUUGGGAGAGAGUACAUAGACCAUCUGAAGGCCUGGCUGGUCAGCAGUGGGUGUCCACUCCAGGUCAAGAAAGCCGAACCUGCGCCAACUCAAGAUGAGAAAAUGGUUCCUCCUACCAAACCUGAAAUUCAGGCCCGAGCUCUGAGUGGUUUAAGUGAUGCUGUCCCCCAGCGAGCAGAUCACAAGGUGGUGGACAUCAUCAAUCAGUUGGUCACACGUGUCGUUGGAGGCAGCCUGUCUCCUAAAGAGAGAGCUCUUCUCAAGGAGGACCCUGCUUACUGGUUUUUGUCUGAUGACAGUAGUCUGGAGUAUAACUAUUACAAGCUGAAACUGGCAGAAGCACAGCGGAUAAGCCAGACCUCGCCAGGAGCGGGUCAGAAGCCAAUGGCUGCAGAGUGUGCAGUCCGGGCCAUGCUGUACGCCCGGGCAGUCCAGAGCCUCAAGAAGAGGCUCCUCCCAGGGCGACGGCGGGGGCUGCUCCGAGCUCCGGGACUCCAGGGUUGGAAGGUGAGGAGAGCAACCACCGGGACCCAGACCCUCCUCUCCUCGGGCACCAGGCUGAAACACCACCUCCGGCAAGCUCCAGGCUCCUCGCAGGGAAAGCCGCCCCAGCCAGAUGGAAAUGACGCUGCCAAGGACCGCCCACCGGACUCAGCCGGGCCCUCUCCUCAGGACCCGAGCUCAGAAGCUGCAGGCCCAUCCCCCAAGCCGGCGGGAGUGGACGUGUCCGAAGCCCCUCAGAGCUCCUCUCCCUGCCUGUCUGCUGACGUUGACUUGAAGACUAUGGAGACUGCAGAGAAACUGGCCAAAUUUGUUGCUCAGGUGGGACCAGAGAUUGAACAAUUCAGCAUAGAAAACAGCACCGACAACCCUGACCUAUGGUUUCUACAAGACCGAAAUAGCUCAGCUUUCAAAUUCUAUCGAAAGAAGGUAUUUGAACUGUGCCCAUCGAUUUGUUUUUCAUCACCUUCGCUGAACCUCCAUGCCAGCGAGAGUGCCCUUGAGUCUGUGGAAGGGGAAGGAGAGCUUGUGAACGAACCUCCUCACCAGGAGGUUGAGCUGGAGAGCCUAGAGGUGAUGCCUGAGGAGGAGGAGGAGGAGGAAGAGGAAGAGGAAGAGGAGGAGGAGGAAGAUGAGGAGGAGGAGAGGAGGAGGGCCCUCGCUCCUGGAGGGCCCUCCAGGGCUCCAGGAGAGGCUGCCACUUCCGAGGGCUCUGAGGGCAGCCCCCCCACUGAUGGCCUUCCAAGCGAGGCAGCCGAGGAUGGCCCUGCUGGCACGUCUGCCCUGUCGCAGGCCUGCUUUCCCCGGAAGAGGGUCAGCAGCAAGUCAUUGAAGGUUGGCAUGAUUCCGGCUCCCAAGAGGCUCUGUCUCAUCCAAGAGCCCAAAGUUCAUGAACCAGUUCGUAUCGCCUAUGACAGGCCUCGGGGUCGUCCUGUGUCCAAAAAGAAGAAACCCAAGGACUUUGACUUCACCCAGCAAAAGCUGACCGACAAGAACCUGGGGUUCCAGAUGCUGCAGAAGAUGGGCUGGAAGGAAGGCCAUGGCCUGGGCUCCUGUGGGAAGGGCAUCAGGGAGCCCGUUGGCAUGGGUACGGCCUCCGAAGGGGAGGGGUUGGGCGCCGAAGGGCAGGAGCACAAGGAAGACACGUUUGACGUCUUCCGUCAGAGGAUGAUGCAGAUGUACAGACACAAACGGGCCAAUAAAUAGGUAUGUGCAUGAGCUGGAACAUUGGGCGUCCUGCCUAAGCUGUCAUUUUGAUAUGCAGCGACGGUUCCUCCACAAAAGUUGGUGUUCCCCACACUCCAAAACCAGACCUCAAAAUACAAAAAAAAAAAAUCUUUGAGGGAAACGAAAGGAGUCUUUGGAUGCGGAUGUCGUCCCCCCUCUCACCUUUCAGGUUUGGCUGAAGGAGUGAGUGCCACACUGGCCAAGCACAGCUGCACGUGGCCUGCUUGCAGGGCCUCAGUUCAGGACUCCCAGGCUGCCACAGGAGCGGCUUGUGUCCCACAGUGUAAGGGUGACCUGGAAGCUGGCCACAGAGGACCGUUUCCCUCUCUGAGGGUCUUCAAAUCCUUUUCCUUCUGAAGGGCCUUGGCCCUAUGAAUAUCCUCAUCUUUCUCCUCUCUUUUUAGUUUCCCUCCCCACCCAUAAUAUCCAACUCAGUUUUGAACAAAAUUGUUCUCUCCUUAAAUAGAUGAAAACCAUUGGUGAGAAAGAUAAGCCUUGAAGCAACUAUUAUUCUAAAAACGCCACCUCUGCCCCGGAUCCACCCUGGAGCCAGAGCCCAAGUCAGUUCGAAUUUAAUCGGGAUCUAAUCUGUACUCUGGCACCACAGCCUGUCGGUGGAGCACUGAAGCUCUGAACAAGUGGAGAUACUUGAUUCCAUGAAUGUGUUAUUUAUAGCGUCUCAUCUCUUAAAUGCAUCCCAAGAGACUUAACAAAAUUUAGCAACGGUAUAAUACAGCUGGAUUCAGUGGGGAGUAGGCACCUCACUGAUGAAACUUUCCCCAAAUUUUUAAUUCUCUUUAGAAUCCACAAAGAAAGCUACAGUUUGUGUUUUCUUUUUAAACCACAUAUGAAGUUGCCUCCAAAGCGGUGGGGAUAAACUCUUCCAGACUCUUCAUUUUUUGCACGUGUGGCAGUGGAAGUAAUUGUUUUGUUAGGGCCCCUUUACAGAACAGGGAGGGCCUUCUUGGGGUGGGCUCUUUCGAGGUGUAUGACUGCCACCCCUUCCAGCUUCUCCCUGUGCUUUGCAACUACAUGUUAAAUUCUCAGGCUGUGGUCAUCUCAACCCUUCUUCCUAAAACAGCAGUGUUGAAGUUUUACAUAUGUGCUAAAAUCUAGAUAACUUGGUCGUUCUGAUAGUACAUGCUUGAGGAACACAGCAGUGAGUUACCUUGUGUUGGCUGCCAAGAAAUCCUUGCAUUCUCCGAGCACAGACCUCCCGGUUAUAGUCCUGCUUCUCUGGUUCUGUCUUAUCUAUGUCCGUCCUGCUGCUCACCAUGGCAUCUCGCCUGCCUGGUGCCCUCUCUCUACAUGUCAGGUAUAGCCCCCAGAUCUCUGCCUGCUUCUGAUCACUUCUAUUGCUUUGGCAUCCACAUCUUUAUGGCCAUGGCAGUGCCGGCGGCCCUUCAGCAGAGGUGAACCAGCCUGCAAGGGUGGUGUGUUUUGGGAGAAGCACACCUGUGGAAGUUCAUCUUCUACUCCUCUCUUUCCUGUCCUUUCAUCAGCCUUCCAUGUUGGCUGUGGGUUGGGCCACAAGAUGGAACUCUGAGAACAGGGCCUUGGUCACCCAUGUUACCUGUUGGUCACACAGUACCCGUUGGCCUGAGUGAGACGUGCAUCCCCCAGCACAUUUCUCUUCCUCUUUGAGCAUAGCUCUGAAUGUCAUAUUCGCUCUGUCCUAGUGUGUUCAUUCUUGGCUUUCUCCACUUUUAUUCACAAGUGAAAUGCUUUAGGAAUUCCCAGGACGUGAGCCUUGUCCCCACAGCCUCCUGCCACUCCUCCUCCUGGGGACAUCCCACUUUGAGCUCACGCUGUGAAGCUUUGACAAGUAUUAAGGAAACACCUACUUCUUGAGCCUGCAAAGUCUUCUGAGCGCUUAAGUGACGUUUCUCCUGUGGAGCCAACAUUGAGGCGUUGCAGGUGCCAGGGUGGAGCAUGGUGGAGUGUCCUCUGCCAGCCGCUGGCCGGGGACCGGUGCGUGCUGGCCCUCUGUGCAAUCUUGCUCUCUCGGCAAAGGAUGCUCUGCAGGGAACUUGUGAGUGUGUGUGCGGGUGUGUGGCCUUGUCAAAGUCACAGCGUCUUUUCUGUCAUUCUAGUUCCAGGGUCUCUCCCGUGAGGACAACAGGCAUCCGGAAAGGCUAACGCGCCACUUCGGGUGCUUACUGUCUCGGGCUUGUUUCCAUCACUGGAAAUCAAAUAGAGAAUGUUAGUGCUUUUGGUCCUUGGUAAAACCUAGAAGACGUUUGUGAUGUUACAAAAUGGAAGUUUUGUUUGUGUUUUUAUCUAAGAAGUUGUGAAUGUUAAUCGCUUAGCAGUUGCAAUAAAUGUAGAGGAACCCGA